AUGCCAGAAUCUUCGUCAAGUGACAAAGUCCCAAGUGACAAACCUCUACUGGCCAAAGGUAGAAGCUCGCCUGUUGAAACAUGGAAAAAGGACUUUCGUGAUGCUGUUCGAAGAGAAAAAAUCUUGAAGCAACCUGAUUGGUCAGAGAUCCUACAAGCACUACUUUGCAACAAGGCCGAUGAUAACAAUUGCGCCAUAACAACAACCAAGCAAAAAGGGAAGGCGCCCGCACGCUCAACGUUAUCAGCAGCCAUCACAAAAACGACAUCAUCAUCAUCAUUAUGUCCAUCAUCGUCGUCAUCUGCAUCAUCAACAGCCUCAAAACGAACUCAUGUCACCUCAGACAGUUCAAAAAGCGAUUCAUGCCUGCUUACUGAAGAAGCAAAGAAAGGAUUCGAAGAUGCAUUUAAAAGCAUGGAAAACAGUCACAAAUGGGGUUAUGACUACCGUCAUAAUGACCAGCUACCCACGUCAUCAAAAAUCAAAGAUUUUAUCUGA